UCAAAAAGAUCAAAAACCACCGUCGUCGUCCGGAUUGCAUCGUCCAGCGGUCAGUGGAAAAGUGCUUCAAAAGGUACACAUUCCUGAGCAUUUACCGGAAAUUUCCGGAUUUAACGGAAGCUGACGGUUUCCUGGUCAUUUCCCUGUACAUUGGGUGGAAGAUUUUUUUGUGUGAGGUUCCGAGCUCAAGAGAAAGAACGAUGGGUGACAUCCGCGACUGGCGUCCUUUUAUUUACGGUGGAGUAGCUUCGAUAACAGCGGAGUUUGGUACUUUUCCCAUCGAUACAACAAAGACGAGACUGCAAAUUCAAGGUCAGAAAAUCGACCAAUCUCACACCGAGCUCAAGUACAGGGGCAUGACCGAUGCAUUUAUGAAGAUUUCCAAACAGGAAGGAAUGACGGCGCUUUACUCUGGCAUUUGGCCCGCUGUGCUGCGGCAGGCGACGUACGGAACGAUUAAAUUUGGAACUUACUAUACGCUUAAGAAGGUGGCAACCGAGAAGGGUUGGCUGGUGGACAAGGCGGGGAACGAGAACGUUUGGUGUAAUGCUGGUUGCGCAACGGUUGCUGGAGCCGUUUCCAGUGCGAUUGCCAAUCCUACCGAUGUGCUGAAGGUACGGAUGCAGGUGCACGGGAAGGGAACCAACAAUGCUGGCCUCGCUAGGUGCUUCAAGGAGAUUUACGUGCACGAAGGUGUACGAGGGUUGUGGAGGGGAGUUGGCCCAACGGCACAACGAGCGGCUGUGAUAGCGGCAGUAGAACUGCCAGUGUACGAUUUCUGCAAGUUGCAUUUGAUGGACACAUUCGGAGAUCAAGUAACCAACCACUUUAUAUCAAGUUUCAUCGCGAGCUUAGGAAGUGCCAUUGCAUCGACCCCGAUCGAUGUGAUAAGGACGCGGGUGAUGAAUCAACGUCGGGUGCAGCUGCAGGUACACAACCUUGGACCCGGAGGAGGAGGUGCUGGUGGCGGUGGCGUCGCCGGUGGUGGUGGUAGCAGUGUUGGAGCUGUCGCUCCCGCCACAUCCUCAUCGGUCAAGAUCUACACCGGUAGUCUGGAUUGUGCCAUACAAACCGUGCGGAACGAAGGCUUCCGGGCGCUGUACAAGGGUUUCGUGCCGACGUGGGUUCGCAUGGGACCGUGGAACAUUAUCUUCUUCAUCACCUAUGAACAGCUGAAGCAGUGGUACUAACAGGCGUGCGCACGCGAGCAGUUCGAUGCUAUAUAUUGGACUAGACGAAUCAACGCAAAUCACAUAACUUGAAUGUGUGUUGAUUGAAGACAAACAGAAAAUAGAAGUAGGACAAGGAAUCUUUAAAAGGAAAUGUGAAAGUGAACGCGCACCUAAUACUGUUAUUUAAAUUUAUUUACCUGUUUUUGAGAAGAGGAACACGGAUUAAGUUUUCCUGUUAGUUUGUACCAAAGGUCUCAUUUUAUCGAUUGGAAGCAACUGCAUUUAAUCGAACACGAAUUUUUACUAACCCAUCGUUCAUCGUUUGAAUAUUUCAUUCUAAGUUAAAAUCUUAUGCAGCAAGGCAUUUUCUGUGCACCACAUAUCUUCCAAUGUAAGGUCAUAAAAUCUAAUUGGCGGAGUUUAAACCGAACUAUACACUGUAUUAAAUCAACCAACCAACCAAAAAAACUACUGUUAAAUUAUUGUGUUAUCUAAAUCUAUGCAAAAUCGGUUAAUCGGCUUGUUUCGCAGUCGCAGUUGGACUAAGACGAAAUUUCUUUCAAGAAAGAACUUAUGAGAGAUAUUGAAAGGGUUUAUGAGUAAAUAAAGAUAGAAGUCAAAUUCACACACAAACAGUGCGUGUAGUUAACCUGGCUACUGAAACAACAAUUUAACACAUACUUAUUACCAUCAUGGGGUUAUCCGCCGUGCGUAUUUGUAUAAGUAGAUGUUAUUUCAAAUUUAUAUUUUGAACCGAAGCAGAAUAUAAGAGUUUUAGAACAAUCUAGAUAA